AUGGCGCUCUCACCAGUCGUAACGCACACCGUUGAAGCGACGCAGCCGCAAAGCUUCGGGCGCGCAAUCUCUUCGCCUCUAAAGAACGUCACUUCGCAAACAUCUUCUUCCAAUGGAACACCUAUGCCUCCUGUCACUUCAGCGCCUGCGCCGACGAGUAUUCCCACGACUCUCGAUCUUGCAGAGCAGAUGAACGAUGAGGAGAAGCGCAAAUACGUCAAAGGCAAGAAGCUCGGUGAGGGUACAUACGCCGUUGUCUUCCUAGGUCACUUGCGCUCCAAGCCCACCACUCUCGUCGCCAUCAAGAAGAUCAAGGUCCAGAAGGAAUACGAUGAGGGCAUGGCCCCCGACGCCGUCCGCGAAUUGAAGCAUCUCCAGGAGCUCUCCCACCCAAACAUCAUCUCUCUCCUCUCCGUAUUCUCGUCAAAAGAUCAGAACCUCAACCUCGUCCUCGAGUACCUUCCCCGCGGCGAUCUAGAAAUGCUUAUUCGCGAUACCGAAUCCGUGCGCUACGGUGCCGCUGACAUCAAGACAUGGAUGGGCAUGCUCACCCGUGCCGUUUGGUUCUGCCACGAGAAUUUUGUUCUCCAUCGUGAUAUCAAGCCAAAUAACUUGUUGAUCGCUGAUGAUGGCGAAGUCAAACUUGCUGAUUUUGGUCUUGCGCGAAGCUUUGCUGAUCCUCAUCAACUCAUGUCCUCGCGCGUCAUCACCCGCUGGUACCGACCUCCUGAGCUUCUCUUCGACGCGAAGCACUACAGCGGUGCUGUUGAUGUCUGGUCUGUUGGCACUGUGUUCGCUGAACUCAUUAUGCGUGCGCCUUAUCUUCCCGGUAACACAGACCUUGACCAAGUUCGACUUGUCUGCGAACUUGUCGGUACGCCCACCGAUGAUAACUGGCCUGGUGUCACGAAACUUCCUGGUUAUGCUGUUCCUGGACAACACCCGGUCCGUGGUAAGGACUGGUAUGAGAUGCGCUUCGGUACUGUUGGUUCCGACGGUGUGGACCUGCUAAUGAAGACACUUAUUCUCGACCCCAAGAAGCGCAUCACUGCCCGUGGUAUGCUUGAGCAUCCUUGGUGGCAUUCUGAGCCUAAGCCUACUCGCAAGCAAGAUCUGCCCCGAAAGGGUGGCGCAGGGGCUGACGACAAGAUGGGCGCUGAUCUAAAACGAAGGCCAGGCGUGAUUGACGAUGACAGGGGCUCCAAAGUUGCGCGCAAGCUUGAUUUUGGCGGCAUGAAAUAG